AUGUUCCUCCCGAUUCCAUAUGCCCGCACUAUGCGUCGGACAAUGGUCCGAACCCGCAUCCUCCGCACUCUCCUUAUCAUAUUCAUAGCCUGGAAUCUUAUCGAGCUACACCUUACUCUCCGACGAAUCUCCGAAGUCGACAUCAUCUACCGCGAACAACCUCAGCGAAAUGAACGAAUAUAUAUUGCCAGCGUGAAUUGGAAUAGUGAAUGGAUUCUACGAAGUCACUGGAGCCAGGCCCUUGUGGAAUUAGCUUGGAAACUUGGCCCGGGCAACGUAUAUAUUAGCAUAUAUGAGAGUGGCAGCUAUGAUAAUACUAAGGAUGCUUUGAGGGAGUUGGAUAUGGAACUCGAUCGUCUUCAAAUACCACACAGUAUCACCUUGUCGCCUGUUACACAUGCGGAUGAAAUGGCUGCUGUGCCUGGAGAGGGGUGGAUUGAUACACCGAGGGGGCACAUGGAAUUGCGGCGCAUUCCGUACUUAGCGCGAACUCGUAAUCGGAGUUUGCAGCCGUUGGAGGAAUUGGCGAAGCAAGGUAUCACAUUUGAUAGGGUUUUGUUUCUCAAUGAUGUAGUUUUUACGCCAAAUGAUGUUUUUGAAUUGCUCGAUACCAACGAUGGCAGCUAUGCAGCUGCUUGCUCGAUGGACUUUUCUAAACCACCACAUUACUAUGACACAUUUGCUCUUCGCGAUGCUAGUGGACAUGAAGCUAUACAGUCAACAUGGCCAUUCUUUCGCAACGCUGUAUCUCGAAAUGCCGUGAAAAAUCUGUCACCAGUUCCAGUAAAGAGCUGCUGGAACGGAAUGGUUGCAAUGCCUGCCGCUCCUUUCACGGCUAAACACCCCCUGCGAUUCCGUGGAAUCCCAGACUCACUUGCAUCUUCGCAUUUGGAAGCUUCCGAAUGCUGCCUUAUUCACGCAGAUAACCCUCUAUCAACAAAAGACGGAAUAUAUAUGAAUCCUCUCGUCCGCGUUGGAUACAGCGGCCCGGCCUAUGUGGCCGUCAACCCUAUCAUGAACUGGCUCUCCGCACGCUCUAUCUUGCAAGGCCUGUGGGUGAAUAGGAUACGACGCUGGACAACGUCGACCUGGUUGAAAGACAAGCUAGCUCAGCGUCGCAUCGAUCGCUGGACAGCCUUGAGUCCCGAGAACAAUGAACCAGCCAGAUUCUGUAUAAUCAACGAGAUGCAAGUCUUACAUGCCGAGGGGUGGGACCACUUGUAA